AUUUUAUUAAAAUUAAAAAAUAAACAUUAGAAAAGAAGCAAAAUGAUUUUUACGUGCGAGAAAUAUAAACGAUUGCGGAUUCACUGAGGAUUCUCUUCAUUAUUCUUUAUCAUCCGAUUCAUCUUUACAGUUUUGAUUAAUUAUUUCUAGGACCUCUCGCCGCCAAGAUGUCGUCGGUUAAAGUGGCGGUGCGAGUGCGUCCGUUUAAUUCACGGGAAGUUGGCCGUGAAUCGAAAUGCAUUAUAGAAAUGUUCGAUGGCACCACAACUGCCAUUACGAAUCCCAAAGUACCAUCCAAUUCCAGCGAAGCAAUUAAGCGUUUUAAUUUUGAUUAUUCUUAUUGGUCACAUGAUCCGAAGGAUCCCGAUUUUUCUACGCAAGCAAUGGUCUAUCGAGAUAUUGGCGAGGAAAUGUUACAGCAUUCCUUCGAUGGGUACAAUGUAUGCAUAUUUGCUUAUGGUCAAACUGGUGCUGGCAAAUCAUACACCAUGAUGGGUAAGCAGGAGGAACAUCAAGAGGGCAUUAUACCUAUGAUUUGCAAAGAUCUCUUUUGUCGUAUACGUGAAACCGAGUCCGAUGAAUUAAAAUAUUCGGUCGAAGUUUCGUAUAUGGAAAUUUAUUGCGAACGUGUACGCGAUUUAUUGAAUCCCAAAAAUAAAGGUAAUUUGCGAGUACGCGAACAUCCUUUGCUGGGACCUUAUGUAGAAGAUCUUUCCAAGCUGGCAGUAACCAGUUAUCAAGACAUACAUGAUUUGAUUGAUGAAGGGAAUAAAGCACGUACGGUGGCUGCCACCAAUAUGAAUGAGACCAGUUCACGUUCGCAUGCUGUUUUUACGAUAUUCUUUACACAACGCCGUCAUGAUCCGAUGACCGAUUUGACAACGGAAAAAGUAUCUAAAAUUAGUUUAGUAGAUUUAGCCGGUUCAGAAAGGGCUGACUCUACCGGCGCCAAAGGUACACGUCUCAAAGAAGGCGCUAAUAUUAAUAAAUCUUUGACUACGCUUGGGAAAGUAAUUUCCGCCUUAGCCGAAAUUGCUUCCAAAAAUAAGAAAUCGAAAAAAGCAGAUUUUAUACCAUAUCGGGAUUCGGUGCUUACUUGGUUAUUACGCGAAAAUCUAGGCGGAAAUUCUAAAACUGCUAUGAUAGCUGCCAUAUCGCCAGCAGAUAUUAAUUACGAUGAAACUUUAAGCACUUUAAGAUAUGCGGAUCGGGCUAAACAAAUUGUCUGCAAAGCUGUGGUUAAUGAAGAUGCUAAUGCGAAACUUAUCCGCGAACUUAAAGAAGAAAUUCAGAAAUUGCGUGAUCUCUUAAAAGCUGAAGGCAUUGAAGUCCAAGAAGGGCCCGAUGGCAAAGUGGUUUGUGAGAAGCGCGACACAAAUAAGGAUGAAAUUAAGAUUGGUAACGGUAUAAAGACACCAGUCAAUAAUAAUCGUAAUCGUAAUGGUUCAACCGCUGAAAUGGCCGUAGAUCAACUACAAGCGAGUGAAAAAUUGAUAGCAGAAUUAAAUGAGACUUGGGAAGAGAAAUUGAAGCGUACCGAAGAGAUACGUUUACAACGCGAAGCUGUUUUCGCCGAAAUGGGUGUGGCCGUUAAAGAAGAUGGUAUUACUGUGGGCGUUUUCUCACCUAAGAAAACUCCCCAUUUGGUUAACUUGAAUGAGGAUCCAAAUCUGUCAGAAUGCUUACUCUAUUACAUUAAGGAUGGCAUUACCCGUCUGGGCACCCACGAGGCUAAUGUACCGCAAGAUAUUCAAUUAUCCGGCUCUCAUAUAUUAAAAGAACAUUGCACGUUUGAGAAUCGUAGUAAUACAGUGACCUUAAUACCGCACAAAGAUGCCAUGGUGUAUUUGAAUGGUCGUAAAUUGGUCGAACCAGAAGUAUUGCGGACCGGGUCUCGUGUUAUUUUAGGUAAAAAUCAUGUAUUUCGUUUCACUAAUCCCGAACAAGCAAGAGAGAUACGUGAGAAAAUGGCGGAAAGCGCUGAGAAUGAAAUGGAGAAAUGCGACGAUGCUCAAGAUAUCGAUUGGAAUUUUGCUCAAUGUGAGUUAUUAGAAAAACAAGGCAUUGAUUUAAAGGCGGAGAUGCAAAAACGUUUAGAUAAUUUAGAAGAGCAAUAUAAACGAGAAAAGCUUCAAGCCGAUCAAGAGUUUGAAGAACAACGUAAGUCCUACGAAGCGCGUAUUGAUGCUUUGCAAAAGCAAGUCGAAGAACAAUCGAUGACAAUGUCUAUGUACAGCACGUACACUACAGAAGAUAUGCCCGAAGAAGAUGUCUACUCAAAUCCAGCUUAUGAAAGUUGCUGGUCUGCACGUGAAGCCGGCUUAGCUGCUUGGGCAUUUCGCAAAUGGCGUUAUCAUCAAUUUACCUCUUUGCGCGAUGACUUAUGGGGCAAUGCUAUAUUUUUAAAGGAAGCCAAUGCCAUCUCAGUAGAAUUGAAAAAGAAGGUGCAAUUUCAGUUUACUCUAUUAACUGAUACCUUAUAUUCUCCGCUACCGCCGGAGUUGGCGUCAUCAGCUUCUCCCAUACAAAAUGAAGAUGAAUUUGGUGUGCCACCAGUGUCAAAGACCAUAGUGGCUGUCGAGGUUACCGAUACCAAAAACGGCGCAACGCACUAUUGGUCCCUGGAGAAGUUGCGUUACCGUUUGGAAAUGAUGCGACAAAUUUACAAUGUGGAAUCGCCACCCUCAUCAAUGUUAUUCGAUACAACGAAUUUAUGUGACAAUGCUUCUUCCACAUCAUCAUCAAAUGGUUCCAGUCUUACAAAUUCUCUCGGCAAUAUCGAGGCACAGCCUCAGCAGCAGAUUUCACAACAUAAAUCCGGUCAACAACAAUUAACUAAAUCGAACAGCAACAGCUCUCCAUCCCGUUUAUCAUUGGCAAAUCUAAUGCCUUCUAGACAACGUUUGGAAUUAAUGCGUGAAAUGUAUCACAAUGAAGCUGAACUAAGUCCGACUUCGCCGGAUCAUAAUGUUGAAUCGUUAACUGGCGGAGAUCCAUUUUACGAUCGAUUUCCUUGGUUUCGUAUGGUCGGACGGUCUUUUGUUUAUUUAAGUAACCUUUUGUACCCGGUACCAUUGGUUCAUAAGGUGGCCAUUGUUAAUGAACGUGGUGAUGUACGAGGUUAUUUGCGUGUAGCCGUGCAGCCGGUACUAGACGAAGAAACAAUCGACUUUAGCAAUGGCGUUAAACAAUCGGCUCGCUUGAUCUUUAAUGAGGAAGAUGCUAAACCGAAAUAUCGUAACCUCAAUGAAAAAGAUGACGUGCAACGUUACAUUGAUCACGGCGGUUUGGAUACAAAGUUGGAAGAGCUUGAAGAUGCUGAUUCAGGUCGUGGCAUUGACUCGAACUCGGCGUCAGAGUGUCAGGAGGCUAACGACGAGCCUGGCGAGCAUUUACAUACAGGCAAAGAAUUUACAUUCCGAGUUACAGUAUUACAGGCUACGGGCAUUGGAGCCGAAUAUGCCGAUAUAUUCUGUCAAUUUAAUUUCUUGCAUCGACAUGAGGAGGCCUUCUCGACGGAACCGGUAAAAAAUGCAGCAGCUGGCGCACCCUUGGGUUUCUAUCAUGUGCAAAAUAUAACUGUUCCGGUUACCAAAUCGUUUAUUGAAUACUUGAAAACUCAACCGAUUAUGUUUAAAAUUUUUGGACACUAUCAAACGCAUCCUUUGCAUAAGGAUGCUAAACAAGAAUUCGUUUCGCGUCCACCGCCCAGACGUAUGCUGCCACCCAGUAUACCGAUAUCACAGCCUGUGCGUAGCCCCAAAUUUGGUCCUUUACCCUGUCCACCGUCUUCAACAGUUUUAGCUAAACACGAUGUUUUGGUAUGGUUUGAAAUAUGUGAAUUGGCUCCUAAUGGUGAAUACGUACCAGCGGUGGUGGAACAUAGUGAUGAUCUUGCUUGCCGUGGAUUGUUUCUUUUGCAUCAAGGCAUACAGCGACGUAUACGUAUAACGAUUGUACAUGAACCAACACCUGAAGUCAAAUGGAAAGACAUACGCGAAUUAGUUGUAGGACGCAUACGUAAUACUCCUGAAUCUUCAGAAGACGAUGAAGAUUCAUGUGUUUUGUCUUUGGGCUUGUUUCCGGGCGAAGUAUUGGAGGUAGCCGGAGAUGAUCGUUCAUUCUUCAGAUUUGAGGCCGCCUGGGAUUCCAGUUUACAUAAUUCAGCUUUGCUCAAUCGUGUCUCUCAGGGCGGUGAAACGGUUUACAUAACUUUGAGUGCUUAUUUAGAGCUGGAUAGCUGUGCUCGUCCGGCUAUAAUUACAAAAGAUUUAAGUAUGAUUAUUUAUGGACGAGAUGCUCGCACGGCGCCUCGGUCCUUGAAACACUUAUUCUCUGGACAAUAUCGUAACCCGGAAGCUAAUCGUUUAACGGGCGUUUAUGAAUUGUCAUUAAGAAGAGCAUCCGAUGCAGGUAGUCCAGGUGUACAACGUCGACAACGGCGGGUUCUGGAUACAAGUUCAACUUAUGUUCGAGGGGAAGAGAAUCUUCAUGGUUGGCGUCCUCGGGGCGAUUCUCUUAUAUUCGAUCAUCAAUGGGAAUUAGAGAAAUUAACACGCCUCGAAGAGGUUGGUCGAGUUCGCCAUUUAUUAUUAUUGCGUGAACGUUUGGGUAUGGACAUCAAUCCAAAUCCGACUACAAAAACUGAGAAAGAUGUUUGCAAUUUGGCCGCUAAAGCUGCCACCUCACCCGUUCAUAUGGUUCUGCCACCAUCACCGCAAACACCGGUUAAAGACCCGCAGCAAAUCAUACCCGAACGGGAAUAUAACGAACGUGAACGGGAACUUAUGUUAAAAUGUGUAAAAUUAAUACAAGGACGAUUUAAUAAAUCAGAUAAUGCGGACAACCAAAUUCAAUCAGAUGUUUCGCCCAGUGAUGAGGGCUGUGCUGAUAUGACCGUCAGUUGUAUAUCCAGCAAUUCCAUGGAACGAAGAUUAUGCUCCCCUGAUCGUGCAGAUGCACCUAAUGGUUGGGAGGCUCCAGCUCCGGCUACCCAACCAGCUCUUCCUCUUCGCUUAUAUGUACCCGAGCUAGAAGAAAUUCGUGUUAGCCCAGUAGUGGCCCGUAAAGGUCUGCUAAAUGUUCUCGAACAUGGCGGUUCAGGGUGGAAGAAACGUUGGGUGGUUGUCCGACGUCCCUAUGUGUUUAUUUAUAAAUCUGAAAAAGAUCCCGUUGAACGGGCAAUUUUAAAUUUGGGUACAGCACAAGUUGAAUGCAGUGAAGAUCAAGCAGCCAUGGUUAAGAUACCAAACACUUUUAGUGUGGUUACCAAGCAUCGCGGAUACUUGUUGCAAACAUUAGGGGACAAGGAAGUUCAUGAUUGGCUCUAUGCUAUCAAUCCACUGUUGGCUGGACAAAUCAAAUCCCGUUUGGCUAGACGUACACAAGACACUGUUUCGCAAACAGUCUCGCAAAUUCAAGCCACUACAGCCGCAAACCAAGCCGCCAACACCAAAUGAGAUACAAUUACGAUGGAAUCUGUGUUGGUUUAUUAAUUAUAGUUUCAUGGCAUUAAAUACUAAAAAAAAAA